UCGAACUUGCUUUUAGUCAGUGCGCAGUGCAGUGCGGUGUCAACAUGGACGCAAGUCCCGCGUUCCCGGCCAAAAUUUGGGUCAAGAUUUUCGGCAACCUGUCCGCGUUCCAGCUGACGCGGACGCGGCUCGUUUGCCGCCAGUGGUACGGCAUUGUCUGCGGUGAACCGAGCCUCAUCGGCAAAUUUACGAUCGCUCGCGUUGAAGACUUUGCCGAUGACGAGCCGGAGCAAAACAUAAACAAACCGGCCGCGUUGGAGGCGAUGCGUCGGUAUGUGAGGGUUCACUUGGUGAAUGCGAUUAACAUUCCGCUGGACACGUCAUGGCUUGCUUUGGGGGAAAAUUUGACGUUUCUGUCGCUGGACGCGUGCUGCAUCGGGACGGACGCACUGGUUGAGAUGUUGCGACGAGCGGUGAACCUUGAAAGUUUGAGGAUGAACGAUCGGUUCUGCUUUCGGCAGAAGUGUCAAACUGCUAUAAAUUUCAAGUUGGAGAAGAUGCGUAAUCUUGAUUUGCGCGUGGAAGAUUUGAGCGAAGCGUUGAGGGUGCUGGGACAGAUUUGCUCACCGUUGAAGACACUGAAAAUAAGUUUGUUUAUUGGGCGAGCAGAUGAAGAUUUGAUGCGCUUUAUCCAGCCGAUGCUGGCAACACUGCUAGAGUUUCAACUUUGGGACGUUUACGCUGACGAUGGUUUAUUGCAAAGGAUUUUGAACCUUGAUUGGAAAACUUUAAAGAAAAUUUCUGUUGUGUUCAAAUGGCAAAAGGACCCUAGCUAUAAAUUCGAGCUACAUAACCUCAAAUAUAGAUUGGAGCAUGCAACACUAUCGCCAGUCACUAUUUGGAAUGAUGAGUCCCUUGGCAAAUUUCGUUCCUUUCUGCCAUUCCUUCAAUGUGUCACUCUGGACACAACCCUACCGGAUGACUCAUUCGUGAAACUCCUCCCAACAACACUGCUUCACCUCUCCAUCACCUUCGCCAACGUUCGUGAACGUCAUUUACCUCUCGACCUCAGCGGCUACCACAAUCCUAACCUCAAAACACUCAAACUGUCACGUUUCUAUCUACCACGCGAAUCAUUCCUCCAGUGCUGCCAGCACUGCCCAAACAUCAACAAUCUCUCGCUGGGUCAGUGCACGUUUGAAGACCCCACCGAAAUGACAACCGCCAUCGCACAACUUCCCUCGCUGGCAACACUGACGCUGCUUGUCAUGAGCGAAUACCUGCCCGUGGAGUGUCCCGCCCCUUGGACCGUCACCGAGCUAGCCCUGUACAGCUGCUCCGUGUCCGAGCAGGCCGUGACGCAGCUGAUCCGGCAGUGCCCCCAGCUGGCCGGCAUUUCCUUCGACCGCUGCGCCAUGACUGGCAACACUGUCGUGGCGAUGUGGCGACAGUUUGGAGCGCGGCUGAAAUCUGUCACACUGCACGAUUGUCGGAGUCUCGGGUGCGAAUUUGUGGACUGUUUCGUCGAACAGCGUUGCCAGCUGGAACGGCUUACGGUGUGGAACUGUCGGUUGGACAGUGCGUCGAAACAGCGGCUGCGAGUCGGACUGGGAGGGGUGCACCUGAAGCUGAAGUAGCUGUGCCGUAAUGGCGGCGUGACGUUUCGCUAUAAAUAAAUGUUUGACGCAGUAGGCCGGUUGAGUUACUGAUCCGAAACCUCUAGCAGUCAACGCCUGCUACGCAUUUGUGUUUAAAUUCUAAUUUAA